GGUGGGAUAGUUGGUGAUGCUCAAGGCAAGGCAAAUGCGGAUGCGAAAGCCGCCGUGCAUCUUUUCGCUAUGACGAAGAAAAUGCGGCACAAUCCUGCAUUGUCGUGGGAAGACGCCUCGGAAUUGCUAGAAGACGCGCAUCAGGCGCUUGCUGAGAUCAAGCCAAGGUGGGCUUGGAGGUCUGGAAGUGCCGACAUGGUGACGACCCUGCAAUGACAACUUCAAGCAUACUGGCUGCGCAUCUACCACUCAUAGCCCAGGCUAUUCAAGCACUCCGCCUCCGCCGAAUCACUCAAAUUCGGCUGUUGAAGCUUUUCCUCCACGAUGGCUUUGCCUACACGCCCUCUGUCCGCGAGACAGUAUUAGAGCUCAGCUAACACAUCAAGAAGC